CUCUCGUCAGUAUUUCGAUCAACUUUUAGGAGAACGGUUGCUAAAAUUUGAAUACGGAAAUUCUAAUAAUAGAAUAACAGAAACACUAUUAUAAUGACUAGUCUGAAAAACUCGACUGUACAAGACAGUUCACCGCAAGUGCCCCAGAAUGGCAUGGUCACCUAUGGCAGCGGGCUCGUCUUUGGCGGGAAAGUUUAUCCAGUAUUGGUGGACGGAGUGCCCAUGCAGCCACCCCUAGGUGCUCAUCAGGCGGCAAUGCAACAGCGCAUGCAGAUGCAGCAGGUACAGCCACAGGCUCCACAUACCCACUGCCCCAAGUCCAUUGUUCAACAUCCUAUAUAUCAACGAACGGAGACCCGGUUUCCUGCGCCCUCAUACAUGUCCAAGCCAAGCCAGCAGAACUCUGUGACUUGUCGUGGCCCAGUCAUGGUGCAGCAGUACCCGCCGUCCAACAAUCUCGCGAUGAUGCAACCGCUGCAGGCGCAGAUUCUACAGCGCCAGCAAAUGCAAACCUCCAUGGGCAGUCCUUGCGGCACUCACGGCUACUGCAAUCUGCCAACGAAUGCGGGUGGUGAUUCCUGCGGCUGGGACGGCUAUGCCAUGAUGCAGCCAAUGGAUGCCAGCAAGCCGUAUACCUUUGGCUGGAGUCUUACCGAUUGAGUCCUUUAUCCUCUGUAACAGUGUUUGGACAAUUAAUGAAAUUAAAUGUGGAUUGAUUUAA